AUGUCUCUCAAGCGUAGCUACGAACCAGCACAAAAAACCUCAGAACACGAUGAAGCGCUCUCCAACCUCUUCGAAUCAGGUCAAAUCCUCGAUCGGGCCUCCAAGUUCAUAGGACUAUUCUCACCUGCCACAGAUACACCACCAAAAGUGCUCCAGCAACAUCCGCCUUUUCAGAAAGCCACACACCGGAUUCUAGCAUGGCGCCUGCCGUCUCGUCAACAGACGGUACAAUUCGAAAAAAGUAAGAAUCAGCAGAGUAAUCCUUCCAAGAAACCGCUAGUCUACGACACAGGUUCCCUCGAUGACGGUGAGAAAUACGCCGGCAAGAAGCUCGAAAAGUUGUUGAUCGAACUCGACGUCGUGGGAACCGUCGUAGUCGCGCGAUGGUACGGUGGCGUGAUGCUCGGCCCCGUCCGCUUCGACCACAUAGUUAACGCGGCAAAGGAAGCAAUAUUAAAGUACCAAGAGUCUAUCGCUAUCACUGCCGACCACGACACCUCUCUACCUUCCAAGAAGCCAAAGACACAAUCAACAGAGAACGAAGUCCUUACACCAGAGCAAGAAGCCGAGCAAAAGGUCCGCCUCGUAAAAGCGCUUACUGACAGAGACAACAACAUCGUCGUGCUACGGCAAUUACUAGCACAGAAGAAGACGAAGAAGAAGGCAGAAACCACCUCCACCACUCAGUCCGAAUCACCUCUAAAGUCGUCUUCUUCACAAACACCAAAACCACUACCCGACUAUGCAGCAAUGUCCUUGACGAAACUAAAACAACUGGACAAGGCACGGGAUACAACCAUCUCCUGGAUAUUGAAACAGAUUGACGAAGCUGAAGGUUUACAAACACCAACGUCGUCUAUAGCGGAGACUUCUGAGCAUUAA